ACGUUAAAUGUCACUUCACCGACAUUAUUGUCAACAGUUUUCGUUACGAUUUAUUGCUGUUUCUACCAAUAAUAAGAUAAAAUCUUUUCAAUUCAACAGUAGAAUUGGUUUCAUUCAAUAACUGUUGUAGUUUUUAUAUUACAUCGAUUUCGUAAAAUUGUGAAAUUUUGUUCUAAUCAGAUUCACGAACGAGUUAAAAAUGAACGAAAUGAACGAGUGGCUUCAUGAUUCCAUACUUGACUGUCUUGGAUUUCCCGUGCCCGAUGAAAUGAUACAGUUCAUUCAGACACUACGAGAAGCACAUGAAAUUGAUGACUAUUUCGGUACACUGCUAGACUUCAACGUUCCACAACACUGUGUGUUUUUGAAUGAUUUCAAGCAGCGCGUUUUGAAAAAGUCAACACCUCCGAAGGAAAACAGGCCACAGAAAAGGAAUCCGUUGGCAAUAAAAAAUCAGCCGAAUAAGAAGGCAGAAAAUGUAAAGGUUGAUAGACAGAAAGCCACACAGGAGAUUAAAUGUGAUAAACCAGUCGCAAUCAGCAACCAACCGCAAGGAGGAGUUAGAAAGAAAACCAAAUUUGUGAAUCUUUACACGAACGAUGGUCAGUUGCGAGACUCGACUAUUAUGUUGAAAGGUCGUCACUUGUGCAAUUGUCAGGCGUCCAAGCACAAGCUAAUCAACAAUUGUCUCAAAUGUGGCCGAAUCGUUUGCGAACAGGAAGGCAGUGGUCCGUGUCUAUUUUGUGGCAAUUUGGUGUGUUCCGAAGACGAACUUCGCAUUAUUGAACAGUCUGGCAAGAAAGGCGAUGGCUUGAAAAAGACUUUGAUGCAACAGCAGCGUCCCAAGGGAUGGGAAGAGGCGAUGGCAAUGAGAAACAAACUGCUGGAGUAUGAUCAGACCAGUGAAAAACGCACAACCGUCAUCGACGAUGAAUGCGACUAUUUCAAGUCCAAUUCGGUGUGGCUGUCGGAUAGCGAAAGAAAGAAAUUGAAAGAAUUGGAAGAGAAAAUGGAAGCUAAAAGGCACGCCAGCCGAAUGUCGAGAAAAGUGACGAUUGAUUUCAGCGGCAGGGAGGUUAUCGACGAGCCACAAUUGUCGUCAGAUUUUCAAGACGAAAUUCUGCGAGAAAUUGCUGAGUCGUGUUCGAUAAAUGCAAGCAUUAAUCAGAAUAUCGUUCGGAGCAAGGAUGGUGUCAAUACGGACGAAGUACAUCCAUUGUUGGAAUACCCAGCACCUAUUUUCGACAAAUCGAUCGUUUCUCAAUACUCCCGCAAUCCACAACAUUCCAAAUACGACGGAGUGUACAACCGCGUUCAAGACAAGGAAUUACUGGAAAUUUCCGACUUACGUAGCUGUAUGUCAAUGCAUCAGCCGUGGGCAUCACUUCUGGUAGCUGGAAUUAAAAAGCAUGAGGGCCGUCCAUGGUACACGGCUCACAGAGGAAGACUCUGGAUCGCGUCCACGGCAAAGCCAGUUGAUAUUGAAGAGGUUCGUCAUAUGGAACAAUUCUAUCGAUCCUAUUACAACGAUGAUUCCAUAGAAUUCCCCACUCAGUAUCCGUCCGGAUGCCUAUUGGGAUGCGUCCUGGUCCAAGAUUGCCUUCCCCAAGAGGAAUAUCGUAAAUUGCAUCCAACCGGUGAAUCGGAUAGUCCGUUCGUUUUCAUUUGCUCCGAACCGCAAGAGCUGCCGAUUCGUUUUCCAAUUAAAGGGAUGCACAAGAUUUACAAAAUGGAUCAGAAUAUUCAUACAGCUGCUGUGAAGUCGUUGCAAAGAGUGGCAAAGAUCCUUGCUGCUGAAGAGUGACCAGCAAAACAUUUUUGAUUGAUUUCAUUUGUUGAAUAAAAUUGAUUUUUCCAAGUUAAAA